AUGAGCGGUCAGCAAGUUUCACCGGAGUUGGCACAGCCUCUUAGAACCAAGAUACUGGUGGUUUUCGAAAAUCAAGUGUUGGACAAAGACGCUUAUUUGUCAAAGAUCUUCAAUUUGGAAGCUUCAGCAGAUACUCAAAUUUAUAAAAACAUCGAAUGGUCAACUAAAUACUACCGUGUGUCUAUCGACGUUUAUGUCGACUAUGUUGAUGAGCUAAAACCAUGGGUGGAUGAUUUUUGCAGUCCAGAGUACGGGGAACUCCGAGAUGCCUUGGCCGGUUGUAUUUUUAUUAGACAAUGCAAGGACGGUGAUGAGGGAUUGGCAGCGAUCUUGAAAAUGGGCCAAGCCGGUGCGAUUGGGGAAGGCUUCAUAUCAAUUCUUGCGACAGAAUUCAAUGCAGCAGAGGACAUACGUCGUGGUGUGGAAGAAGACCUUUUGGCACAUGGCGUGGAAGUUACCACGAUCAGUGCAAGGAAAAACCCACCAGAAAACGAUUGUCGAGAACUUCACGGCAUUUCGAGAAUAAAGGAAAUCAUUGACACUUUUCAAUGGGAUCCCAAAGUUAUGCACACAGAACAAAAAGACGAAAACAUUUCGCCACAAGAAUUCAGUACCAACCUUCGUGAUUUUACGCUUGACGGCGUAAUGGGAAAACUGCAAGAAGCGAGAGCCAAGUAUCUGACAAUUGAGUCCACCGAAGAACGCGAAAGCUUCGCGCGUGAUGUUGCAGACGAGAUCAGCGAGCUCUUGUGA